GUUCAGGAAUGAAUAAAAAUACUAUAAAUAUAAAUAUUGGUGUUUUGGGACACGUGGAUAGUGGAAAAACUAGUUUGGUUCGUUCCAUUAGCACUAUACUAUCGACAGCUGCUUUAGACAAGCAUCCUCAGAGUUCUGAAAGAGGAAUCACCUUGGACUUGGGAUUUUCUGCUUUUAUGUUACAAAAAGAUAAAGAAGAAACCUCUGAACAAGUACAGAUAACUUUGGUUGACUGUCCUGGUCACGCUUCCCUCUUGAAGACAGUAUUAGGAGGUUCGAAGAUUAUAGAUGCUUUACUAUUAGUGAUUGAUGUCACAAAGGGUAUACAAAUGCAAACUUCUGAAUGUAUAGUAGUUGGAGAAUUGGUGACUGACAAAGCAAUCAUUGUAUUCAGCAAGAUAGAUUUGAUUCCUCCCGAUGAACGCACUCAAAAGAUGGCUCUAAUGAAGAAGAGAACUUUCAAGGCACUUCAACAAACAAAGUUUAAGGAUGCCCCUUAUGUGUUCGUUGCUGCUAAUCCCAGUCAAAGAGAGAAACUGGAACCUCAUAUAUCAGAAAAUGUGCAGCCUUGGGGAAUGGAAGAGCUUCUAAGUACUAUUGCGAAGUAUAUACCGAUUCCCGAGAGAAGCCAUGAAGGAAAGUUUCUAUUUGCUUUUGAUCAUUGUUUUGGAGUAAAGGGACAUGGAACUGUUUUCACAGGAACUGUAUUACAAGGUGCCAUUCAUGUGGGUGAUCUGAUACACAUACCAAAUAUUGGAAUAUCAAGGAAGGUAAAGAGUAUGCAGAUAUAUCGUAAACCAGUUACACAAUGUGGACAAGGAGAACGAGUAGCCAUUUGUAUAUCGCGAUGUCCUUCCGACAAAGUCGAACGAGGAUUCUUGGCUAUUCCAGGAUAUUUGUCUUUAUCCACUUGUUUUAUAACCUCGGCACACAAAGUACGUUUCUAUCGAGAAGAGUGUUUGUCCAAGUCAAAAUUUCAUGUGACUGUUGGACAUUCCACAGCAGUUGCUACAGUAACUUUCUUCUCCAUGUAUUCUCAUUGCCAAAUGAAGGAUUGUUUUUCAUUCGAUGAAAGGUACUUCUAUGAAAAGCAACUGGAAAAUGAUGAUAGAGAUUCCAAUCCUAACAAGAUUUUUUUUGCUUUGAUAAAAACUGACAUUCCUCUAUGUAUUUAUCCGAAAGUUGGAUUCAUAGCUUCGCGUUUAGACUGGGACACUGAGGUGAGUCGAUGUAGAAUUGCAUUCCAUGGAGAUGUCUUGGCGCAAAUGCAUGAUACGGCAUCAGCAGUCGUAACAGAUAAAAAGAAUGAUAUGUUGCAUCUUACCAAGAUAAAGAAACGUCAAGGAACUGUUGAAAGAAUACAAGAUAAUCAAAUUCUCAUAGUGAAGGGAUUUUUUCAAAAAGACGCCAAUGUCGAAAUUUUCGAAAAAAUGAGAGUCAGUUUUGAGAAUGGUGUUCGUGGAUACAUCGAGGGCAAAUUCGGGAAAUCCGGCAAGUUACGAGUCAGACUCUUAUCACAAUCUGAGAAAAUACCAGAGACAGGAUCAAAAGUAGAAUUCGUGUUUCAUAAAGUUUUCUCUGUUGACCACGAAACCAAGAAAAAAAAUGUGUAUAUCACCCAAGAAGACUUGUAGAAUGUUUCCGAUAAUUAAAUUACGAAAAGUUAAA